UGUUUUAACAAAAGAUGAAAUUUUUCUGUUACAGAAGGAUGAUUUCACCGCAGUUAGCUCUGCUUUGCGCCAAUAUCUGCCUGAGCGAGACACGCCAUUCAUUUUGGACGUUGAUCUGGAUUUCUUCAGUACCAAGAAUCCUUUUAAAACGCUCUACAAUCGCAUCAAUCUUUACGACAAACUCUCACCCAUUUACGCUUUCAAUCGACCUGAUUCAACAGAUCCUGAGAUCUUGCUCAAACAACGGGACUGAUAAGGGAGCAGGGAUAUUUGGGAAAAACCGGAUAAGAACCAACACCGCCAUCUGUUAUGGGUGAUAAGAACGAGGGGUUCCUUUGCAGUUUCCGGAUAAGCCGCAGAGACCGGGGGUGACGUGACGAGCGACGCCGACGCCGACGCCGACGCCAUGUGCCCAAAAUGGCCGCGGAUCGUUAAACGGUCACGCGCAAGCUCCCCAGG